AUGACUGGGGAUGGAGAAGACGUUCAUUUGGGCUCGGUGCCGAAAUUGAGGGAUGAUCAAGAUGGCAAUGACUCCGUAGAGAUAUCUCGCCCAUCAACAGCGGCCAGUACUGCGCUCGCCGUACCAAGCCAGACAGAGACGGACGUCGGCAUGGCAGAAGCCCCAAAAAUGUCGUUGCUAGGGAAGCGCCAGACUCGCGAGCAUGCUGCCGAUUCCGAGCACUAUUCUGAGUCUAGUGCGGGCGUCAAGAAGGUGAAGCUGGCGCAAGAUGACGCUGAACAAGCCGGACAAGCUGUCACAUUAAACAAGCUGCCAAGGGACAAGUCUCAGUUGUCUGCUGAGGUUUGGCAUCACAUCUUCACUUUCUGCCCCCCACGAUCACUGGGCAAUUUGUUACGCGUUAACAAAUUGUUCAACUUCUAUCUUGAUCCUUCGUCGUCACUGGUCAACAGAGAAGUUCCUCUUCCAGCCGGCAAGAGACCCUUGGAUGUUCUUAAGCCAAAUGUCAUCUGGCAGCUUUCCAGGCGGCUUUUUUGGCCACAGAUGCCUGCCCCCCUUCGGUCCAUGGCCGAGAUCGAUAUGUGGCGGCUUGCUUGCUCCUUAACGUGUCAGAAAUGCAACAAGCAACCGCCUACCCAGUCCGACAGCUCUUCUGCAACACCUGGCCCUUGCCUAGGCCCGGGCUUGGAUGGUGUUGCUGUGAUUUGGCCAUUCGCUCGUCGCCUCUGCGGCCGCUGCUUGGUAACGACCUCGAUGAAGGAAAUCGAUCUCAUGGCCUCUCAGUCCGUGCCUUCCGCGGUCCUACAGGCAAUACCGUUCGCCUACGUAACCCCCGAUCUCCGUGUUCAGCCGUCCAACACGCCUGACACGGAGAAACAAAAAUUGUUUUCCCCGAGCGACGUCGAGGAAGUGACCAAGGAAUUCCACGACGUCCAAGCACUCGGUCCUGGUGUCCUGGACGAAUGGAUGAAGGGCCUCAAUAACCGCGGCAAGAACGCGCAGAAUGAAGCGUCAAAAUGGGAGAAAUGGUACGUGUCAGGUGGUGUCGCAAGGAUGCGUACGGAAUACUAUCCAGGCUAUGUUAAAAACAAGGCCUCCUCCAUCCCGACUCCAAACUCCGCAACGCCUGCCGCAUCACCAACCUCUUAUCCAACUGCUCCACCCGCAGCCGGAGCACAAGUAGCCUUAACGCAGGCCUCUGCUCAACAACGACCAGAAAGGACCGCUGAGGAGGUCGUUGAGCUCAAGGCAAUCAGAAAGGCCGAGAUUGAGCGACGGGCUUUACUCUUGGAUCCUCCCCUUACUCCCGAUGUCCUUCGACAUCUUCCUGCAUUUGAAGCGGCCAUGCAGAUUGUCCUUCCGUUUCAAGACAAGGACUGGGAUUUUCUUAAACCCAGACUCCUGAUCCAACGAGGCGAGGCAGAACACCAGCACCCUGAACUUUUUGUGCUUAAAGAUGGGGUUCAGCAGGAUCGCACCGAGCGUCGUCAACUCGAGGCGACUUUGGCAACCACCAAGGAGGCGAGGGAGUUCAUCGACAAACAAUGGGAAGAGACGCAAGCGCCAUUGCGUGCCAGGAUAGCCGGUCUAGCUGACGAAGCAAUCCGUGAGACUUGGGGCAAAGGCAAGAAAGUCACAAGGGAUAAUGGCGCCAAGUUCGCCGUUGAUGUUCUUUGCCACAUACGGAAACGUUUCUACGCAGAGGUCGCCGAGAAGGCCGCUACUGCUCGCUCCGCUGGCCGGGAAGUCCCGGUUGAUCCUCCGGAAGGCCCCUUCACCCAGAAGCUUACCUUGGAGAAUAUGAAGUGGAUUUUCGACACCAAGGUCAAGCCUCAUACCGAGUCAUACCGCAAGGAACUUUUCUAUUGCAAUGGCGUGAUCCAGCACUACGCAGCCAAGCACACGACUGCUCUCAGCUUGGGCACUAUCGUUGUUCAUUGGAGGGCAGAGUGGCCGCAGUACCCUCCUUUCCGUUCUGAUCCUCGCCCCUCCAAACAACCACCUCACAGCCACGGCUUCCGACCCCCUUUUGUUGGUAAGUUGGGAGGCGCUGUUUUGCCCCAGGGCCACAACUACCGGUCCACGAAUGGACACGCCGGGUUUCCUCCCUAUCAACAAUACCCAGCACCUGGAUAUCAUACAACGCCAUAUCCAGAGCAAUAUCAGGCAAUUCCUCCGCCAGCCUACCCCCCAGGCCCCUAUACCCCUGCUCCACAACAGCCUUUUUAUGGACAGCCGCCGCCCCCACCACCACCGCAGCAGCAGCAGCAGCCCUAUGUAUCUCAGCCGCCCUUGUAUGCGCCUUACCAGCCUUCGGCUAUACCGUACCCUCCCCACACUGCGAGCGAGCCGGCACAAGUAUAUGGGCCACCGUCACCUGCGGCACAAGCCUACAACUACAACUCUUUCCAGGCAAAUGCUCACAACUCGUACCCUGGAAUCCAACCUCCUGGAUACCACGACGGCUACCAUGUCAGGCUGGAGGAAGUUGCUCGUUCAUCGCGCGAAAUCUGGAACAGUCUUGGGGCCAUCAGAGAUCUGCCAAGCAGCAUUAGGGUCUUCGUCACGAUACACCAUCUCGUGAAGCGGUUUCACGCAAGGUUUGGUGAGGCUCCUCCCUUUGCUAUGUUCAUUGACGGUCUCUCCAACAAUAAGGAUAUGCGGCCUGUGCGAAACGUGAACGGUCUGGUUUGCAAAGCUUGUCAUCUUGGACAUGGAAAUGCGGCGCACGUAGAGGAAGAGAGAAAGACGUUUUCUCUCCCGCAGCUGGUCAAUCACUUCCAAUCCAAACAUAUUGAACCUAUGCAGGCCCAUGGAGUUCACCCACUGCUUGACUGGGUGCUGGAUAUGGUUUUGCUCCCUAAUCUCAAUACACUCUCGAGACUAAAAGCGUGUGGCGAGCCUCAAAGGGGUAUGCUUGCAGAGGCUCUGCCACAGCUCUUUCAAACCCGUCCUUCGUCUGUUCAACAGUACCCUUCACCUUACCCAGUGCCGUCUAGGGGUAGGCAGAUCGAGUUUCCAGGACCUGGGAUAAACGGCUUUGCCGGCCGUGAACAACUAUACAGUGGCUCUCCUGCCUCACGGCAAUAUUCCUUGACGAAUCAUCCUUCUGACAGAGACUCCGGCAACAUGGUCCUACCUACCCUCAACAAUGGCCGCUCUGAUGCUCCUCAGAAUGGCUAUGUUCCGGAGCAACAACCAAACUUCAGCUCGGUUGCAUAUGACAUCAGAAGCAGGGAUAACCAGGACAGGCGUGGGAAUCUUCAGCCAGUCAUGGAGAGUGCCCGUUCAUCCUUCAAGGAAUCCAAACCGGUUGAGGCGGGAACUGAGGAGUGGAAUCGGGGAUGGAGUACAAGCAGGACCGAGUCCGGCAAGCCACAUUCCUCGUACCAGAACUCUGGUGCUGGAGAAAAUCCCGAUCGGCCGCGUGAAGCUUCAUUAAUUCAGUACCCAGCAACUCGCACGCCUCCACGACCUUUGAUGGCAGUCACUCGGGCAUUGCAAGCCUCGUCAGUUAUUGGACAUGAGGAAGUGCCGAAUCUACAGCACCAAGGGCAUCCUUCGGCAGUUGCUCACCAACAUAGAGACUUGAGUGAUCGCACUUACACCGUCGAGCACGGAAUGGCCACAUCCUCGGGCGCCGCACCUCCAACGAGAAUCUAUAACCGCUACGAUGAGGUUGCCAGGCGUUCGAGGUCUCCGGUGUACGGUGUUAGUUACCAGUCGGUGCCGCCGAGAAGAGAUCGGAGUCCGUUGAUGCAGCAGGUUGCGCCGGUCUAUCUUCCUGGGGCUGGGGCACCUCCCCUGAACGACGAGCUGGAGUAUAGUCGCUAUCGUUCCCAAACAGUUGUGCCAGAGUAUUUCCCAAGGCGCGCUGACACCGAGGUAUAUGACCGGCCUUUCCGGUCGGAGUAUCAUGAUCAUGAUCACACCGCUAGACCGGAGUGUUUUCGCAAUCCGGUGGACGCCCGGGCUCACUCACGGCCACCGCCGCCGGCGCCGCCUGCCGACACAUAUGAGAUCGUGCAAGUGAGGGACGAGCGAGGAGAGUAUCUGAUCCGGCGCCCCGUGCGACGCGAAGCCGCAGCCCAAUCUUUCCACGACGUGGAACGCAGGGCCUAUCGGGACGCGGAUCCUUACGGUUCCGUUCCAUAUGCUGAAAGCGAGCAGCCUGUUUAUGCCGCGGAUUCGCGCGGCGCUCCAGCCGUGGCAUAUACUAGGCACGGUACCGUGAUGAGAGAGGAAACACAGCGAGGAUCCCGUGGAGAGGAUUCUUACUACGAGGAGUAUGACCCUCGAUUUCCCGCUGCCCCGUGA